CACCAUUGUGUUGACCAAAACAGCUGUUUACCCUGGCCAGACAGAUCAAGAUCUUUGAAUAAUGACAUCUCUUCCUGUCAGCUACGUGACGUGUGAGUGGUGACCCACCUACAUCACACAGGUGGAGGCUACACUAGUAGAAUGGUGAAGUGAGUUCCUCCCAAUAAACCAAGCAGGAUCACAUCUUGUGAUCAUUAAACCUCUCCAACGAUCUUCUUCAGCACCGAAGCCAGUUGUUCCUCCUUCUCUUGCUCAGAACCACCUUAAAGAAGGAGCUGUUACCUGGCAGGCCACUGGCAGUAUGGGUACCAGAUAACUGCUGAAACAAUGUAUGGCUGUGGUUUCUAUUAGCAGCACCUGACCCCCGCUUUCUGAUUAGUUGUUUGCCUGACUACCCAGAUCUCUGGAAGCGACAUCUAGUUAGAGAAAUUGGAAGGUGAGGAAUGUGUGUGGCCUGACGCCCCGUCUGAAAGCUGCUCCUCAUCUCGCAUCUCUGUCCCGCUGAGGGCCCUGCCAGUCUGAAGCACCCUCAGCAUGGCUACACACACCCCAGGCUGUGCACCGGCCGUGCGACUCUGUCAGAAACUCAACCGGCGCAAGACACUGGAGGCGGACAUGAUGGCAACGUCGCUGAAGCGCUGCCUCUCCACGCUGGACCUGGCGCUGCUGGGGGUGGGCGGCAUGGUGGGCUCGGGGCUUUAUGUAUUGACCGGCACCGUCGCCAAAGAGACAGCCGGUCCGGCUGUGGUGCUGUCCUUCCUCAUUGCCGGGGUGGCCUCGCUCAUGGCCGCCCUGUGCUAUGCUGAGUUUGGUGCCCGCGUCCCCAAGACUGGCUCUGCUUACAUGUUCACCUAUGUGUCCGUGGGGGAGAUCUGGGCCUUUCUCAUUGGCUGGAACGUCAUCUUAGAGUACAUGAUAGGUGGAGCAGCUGUGGCCCGCGCCUGGAGCGGCUACCUGGACUCCAUCUUCAACCAUGCCAUCCAGAAUUUCACGGAGACCCACAUCAUGCAGUGGAACGUGCCCUUCAUUGCCCACUACCCCGAUCUCCUGGCUGCCGCCAUCCUGCUGCUGGCCACCAUCUUCAUCUCCUUUGGCGUGCGUGUGUCCUCCUGGCUGAACCACAUCUUCUCCACCAUCAGCAUAUGCGUCAUAGUCUUCAUUCUCAUCUUCGGCUUCAUGCUGGCUGAGCCUGCGAACUGGAGCCAGAAGGAGGGCGGCUUCGCCCCCUUCGGCCUGUCUGGUAUCAUGGCGGGCACGGCCACCUGCUUCUAUGCCUUCGUCGGGUUUGAUGUGAUCGCUGCCUCCAGCGAGGAAGCCAAGAACCCACAGCGAGCCGUGCCAGUGGCCAUCGCCAUCUCCCUGGCCCUGGCGGCCAGUGCCUACAUCCUGGUGUCCACCGUGCUCACGCUCAUGGUACCCUGGCAUACGCUGGACCCCAACUCUGCCCUGUCUGAUGCUUUCUUCCGGCGUGGAUACAGCUGGGCUGGUUUCAUUGUGGCCAUUGGCUCCAUCUGUGCGAUGAACACCGUCCUGCUCAGUAACCUUUUCUCGCUGCCCCGGAUAGUAUAUGCCAUGGCGGAGGAUGGCCUGUUCUUCUCCGUCUUCUCCAGAGUUAACCCUGUCACCAAGGUCCCCGUCAUCGCCAUCCAGGUCUUUGGCUGCCUCAUGGCCUUGCUGGCCCUCAUCUUUGACCUGGAGGCUCUGGUGCAGUUCCUGUCUAUUGGUACCCUGCUGGCCUACACCUUUGUGGCAGCUAGCAUCAUCGUGCUCCGCUUCCAGCCUGAGAAGGCAGCCUCUACGUCUGGCUCCUCCAAUACCCACCAGGAGGCAUCACCCACUGAUUUGGAGCCCCAGACCACGGCCCAGGAGAGUGGCGAGCUGAAGGAGUACGAGUCCUUCUCCGACAAGCUGCAGCUGGUAGAGCAGGAGAAGCAGAGCCGUGAGCGCCGGGCUGCGGGCCAGCUGAAGGCCCGCUGGGAGCCCUACCUGGGCCACAUGCUGGGUGACUGCGAGCCUGGAGAAGUGGUGGCCUUCUCUGUGCUGGCACUUAUGGUCAGUGGCCUCUCGCUAUGUGCCGUGCUGGUCUUCGGCAGCAACGCGCUGCAACUGCCCCUGUGGAGCAUCUCGCUGCUGGUGCUUGUGUUUGGCCUGGCCUUCCUGCUCAGCCUGGCCCUCAUCUGGGUCCAUGAACAGCAGGUCAACACCAAGACCUUCCAGGUGCCGCUGGUGCCCUUCAUCCCAGGCACCAGUAUCCUGCUCAACGUCUUCCUCAUGCUCAAGCUCAGCCCCCUCACAUGGGUGCGCUUCAUCAUCUGGCUUGUUGUAGGCCUGACUGUGUACUUCAGCUACGGGAUGUGGCACAGUAAAGAAGGCCAGCGAGAGCGCCCCCCACAGGACCUGGCAGCACGCUACGUCGUCCUGCCCAGCGGCAGCCUGGUGGAAACUGUGCAGACAGUACAGCCUGAUGCCCAGGGUGAGGCCCCGCCCCAGAACACACCUAUGGCCACACCUACUGCCACGCCCACCAGUGAGGACCAGACUGCCAAGAGAUGAUGUGUCAUGGAGGCCAGCUCCAGCCCCUGUCUGCCUUUCCUUGCUUUUAAGUCCCUCUCCACACACCCCCCACCCCCCUCAGAUGGACCGUGGGACGGGAGUGGAACCCUGGUUCUGUUUCGCUUGGUGUCCAGCCCAUGGGCUGUGUUGUUGCAGGUCUCUGCUCUCUGGGCACUCUGACUGCUCUGGGGGGGGGAGGGUCCCACCGCUGUUGCCACCUGACCUGAUUGGUUGCCUUUUUCCCUUUUUAUAUCUGUCUACUUGGCACACAAAUAAGCAGGUGGUGGUAAGUUAUUGGUGAAUGGUGUAACUGCCAUUAGCAUUGGCUAGUCAGCUGCUGAAAUGCACAGUCCGCUUUUUUAUGUCUCAUAUAGCAUUUUAUUCAUAGUCACAUUCACGUACCAUGAUGGGAGAACUGAAAAUGACCAACCACGUAUUCCAAAUGAGCUAUAAUGUAAUUAAGGGACCAGUCCUACAUACUACACCUUUGGCUGUGGCCAUGCAGAACAGCAACAGCACAGUGCAUUAUGGGAUACAGGCACACAUACCGUAAUCAUCUUUGGUGUUACUGCUAUAGGCUUUGUGGGUCACGACUGGGGUUCCUGUAAUCAUCUGCUUUUCCGUCUUUUCAAAUAGUUGGUUGAUUCUGUUCUGCCAAAGAAUUAAACAUUGUAUAUGUUUUGUGUACUAUGAAGUUCAGUGAAACACCUCCCACCACAGAACAGGGACAGCACAUUUUUAAAUGGUUUGUGAUCACUGAGCGUCUUGCAUCACUGUAGUAUAGUGUGUGGGGACCCAAUCCAGCGUGAGUGAAGCCUGGUUCAUGCUUUUGUUUCCCACCUGCAUGUCUGGGCUGGGGGCCGUCAGCCCCGCAGCAGCUUGUGUUCAUACUGUGGAUAUGAAAGGUUACAGUCAGCUCAUGCUUAAUGAAAUAAUUCCUCCAGACCAGCAAAGGCUAAAUGUCAUUGUCUUGAUCUGAAUGAAGCUUAUACAAAAGCAGGAAGAGAAAAGGUUUAUAACAGCAAGUUUCAAGUCUUGUCGGGUUUUUAGAACAAUAAAAACAUCACAUUUUUUGUAAAAAUUCACUUUUACAAAAUGGCUUUGUGCGGCAUGGUGGUGCAGUGGUUAGCACUGUUGCCUCACACCUCUGGGACCCAGGUUCGAAUCUCCGCCUGGGUCACAUGUGUGUGGAGUUUGCAUGUUCUCCCCAUGUCGUCGUGGGGUUUCCUCCGGGUACUCCGGUUUCCCCCCACAGUCCAAAAACAUGCUGAGGCUAAUUGGACUUGCUAAAUUGCCCAUAGGAAUGCAUGUGAGAGUGACUGGUGUGUGAGUGUGCCCUGCGAUGGGCUGGCCCCCCAUCCUGGGUUGUUCCCUGCCUCGUGCCCAUUGCUUCCGGGAUAGGCUCCGGACCCCCCGCGACCCAGUAGGAUAAGCGGUUUGGAAAAUGGAUGGAUGGAAAAUGGCUUUGUCUCACAAACAAUAUAGAUAGUAAAUAUGUUUAGUAUUUGCUAUUUACCUCUGCCAAAUCACAUUUCUCAUUGAAAGUACUAUUCGAUCCUUGUGAUAAAAUAUGAUUUGCGGGUAAAAAUCAAUAGUAAUCAAGACACAGGUGGAAUAUGUCAUUAAUCUCAAACAAAUACAAAUCAGACAAUGUUUCCAGAGCUCUUCAUGUUUAUUGUUUUGAACAGAACAAAUUGAGAGGACAAAGCUUACAUGAAUGCCACCUACUGGAUAUACCGAGUCAGUUAUCUCUAUAAACACGGAUUCCGCUUGACGUAAACAUGUGUGUUACCUGUGCAGCCAACCACUCAUGACGAAACUUACGUCACAUCCCCCCCUUCCAUGGCAAAAGUGCACAUGGAAAAAAGAAGUAUGAGCAGGCCUUCAGGCAGGCCCAAAUGUUUGAGUAUUAUGUGCACCGUGGUUUCCUGCCUGUCCCAAAAUGCCCCGUCGCUCUGGGAUACCAUAGCAUGUGCUACAGCCUUCACCAAUGCCCCUCACAUGCUUUUGAAAAUACAUACAUACAUAAGAAAAUUGUCUCUCUCCUAUUUAUUUUGUUCUACUUUUAAUGUGUUUAUUUCCAGCCACUUAUCCUGGACAGUUGGGCUGUGCGAUAUGAAGCAUCAGGGCUGCAUGGUAACUCAAGCAGUUUAUAUGCACUGAACAUUCAUGUGGACACGCAUGGAUAGGGAAGCCCACACAGGACACGCAUGCAGACACGCACAGAUAUGGGAGCCCACACAGGACACGCAUGCAGACACGCACAGAUAUGGGAGCCCACACAGGACACGCAUGCAGACGCGCACAGAUAUGGGAGCCCACACAGGACACGCAUGCAGACACGCACAGAUAUGGGAGCCCACACAGGACACGCAUGCAGACACGCACAGAUAUGGGAGCCCACACAGGACACGCAUGCAGACACGCACAGAUAUGGGAGCCCACACAGGACACGCAUGCAGACACGCACAGAUAUGGGAGCCCACACAGGACACGCAUGCAGACACGCACAGAUAUGGGAGCCCACACAGGACACGCAUGCAGACACACACUCACAGAUAUGGGAGCCCACACAGGACAUGCAUGCAGACACACACAGAUAGGGGAGCCCACACAGGACACGCAUGCAGAUACGCACAGAUAUGGGAGCCCACACAGGACACGCAUGCAGACACACACAGACAGGGGAGCCCACACAGGACACGCAUGCAGAUACGCACAGAUAGGGGAGCCCACACAGGACACGCAUGCAGACACGCACAGAUAUGGGAGCCCACACAGGACACGCAUGCAGACACGCACAGAUAUGGGAGCCCACACAGGACACGCAUGCAGACGCGCACAGAUAUGGGAGCCCACACAGGACAUGCAUGCAGACACGCACAGAUAUGGGAGCCCACACAGGACACGCAUGCAGACACGCACAGAUAUGGGAGCCCACACAGGACACGCAUGCAGACACGCACAGAUAUGGGAGCCCACACAGGACACCCAUGCAGACACACACUCACAGAUAUGGGAGCCCACACAGGACACGCAUGCAGACACGCACAGACAGGGGAGCCCACACAGGACACGCAUGCAGAUACGCACAGAUAGGGGAGCCCACACAGGACACGCAUGC